AUGCCUUUUGGCUUGAAAAAUGCAAGGGCUACAUAUGAAAGGCUCGUGAAUAAAAUGUUUGCUCUACUGCUCAGCAAAUCAAUGGAAGUUUACGUCGACGAUAUGCUUGUAAAAAGUGCCAAGGCCACCCAGAAUGUCGACCAUUUGGGGGAAAUAUUUGGCGUGUUGAGAAGAUACCACAUGAAAUUAAACCCCCUAAAGUGCGCCUUUGGAGUUGGAUUAGGAAAAUUCCUUGGUUUCAUGGAGCACCUGGGCAGGCCCCCGAUCCUGUCAAAACCCACCCCCGAUGAGGAGUUGAGCCUAUACUUCUCCGUGUCACAACACGCCGUGAGCUCCGUACUAAUAAGAGAGGAAGAAAGGGUCCAGCUACCGGUCUACUAUGUAAGCAAAAGACUCAUCGACGCCGAGUCAAGAUACACCGAAAUGGAACAACUGGCGUUCGUCCUGAUGGUGUCGAAUAAUGAAGCAGAGUAUGAGGCGCUGAUUGCAGGGCUGCGAUUGGAAAAUCACUUGAAAAAUGAGAGGCUCAGCAUCUUCAGCGACUCUCAACUGGUCGUGGGACAAGUAAAUGAGGAAUACCAAGUGCGCGACGAAAAAAUAGGUGCGUACUUAAGAAAGGUAAAGGAAGAACUCGUCAAGUUCAAAGGCUAUGAAAUACUUCAAAUACCACGAGCUGAGAACACCAACGCCGACGCCCUGGCGAAGCUAGCAUCUUCAAGGGAUUCUGAAAAACUAGGGAUCGUUCCUAUCGAAGAACUUGAGCAGCCGACCAUUGAGGAAAAAAUUGAGGCCUUAGCCAUCCACACGGACGAGAAUUGGAUGAUGUCGCUUAUCCAAUAUCUAACGGAUGCAAAGCUGCAGAAUGAUAAAGACGAGGCCAGACGAAUUAGGUAUAGAGCCACCAGGUACCUAUUGUACGAUGGUUUGCUUUACCGACGAGCCUAUUCAAUGCCUUUACAGCAGUGCCUAAAUGAUAGUGAAGCCCAGGAGGUCCUCCGGGAAAUCCAUGAAGGAGUAUGUGGAAAUUACACUAGGGGGCAUUCUUUAGCUUUUAAGGUUUUAAGGCAGGGGUUCUGCGAUAGCUUAGGCAUUCGAAAGGACUUCUCAGCGCCAAUACAUCCACAGUCCAAUGGUCAAGUCGAGGCUGUCAACAAAAUAUUUAAGUAUACCCUAAAGAAAAAGCUCAACGAUUUAAAGGGGAGAUGGGCCGAAGAACUUCCAAAGGUCCUGUGGGCAUAUAGAACGACAAGCCGAACCACCACGGGUGAAACACCCUUCUCCAUGGCGUAUGGCGUCGAGGCAGUACUCCCCGUGGAAAUUGAGACACCAACUGUAAGAACUGUUGUCUACAAUGAUGACGGUAAUACAGAAGCCAUGAAUGGAGAACUCGACCUGCUAGAAGAAAAAAGGCUCGACUCCUAA